AUGCCGAUAAUACCACGUCCAUCGUCCUUACAGCUCAAUGCUCUGUGUUUUGUUUUCAGUUUCUCAGUACAGGUUCAAUUUCUCAGCCUGGACACUGAACCUGGCUUGGAUUUUGUUGAGGUGUGGGUUGGAGGUCGCACCCUGUCAUCGAGCCGCCUGAUUCGUCGACUGUCCGGCUCCACCCCCCCACCUGACGACCACCUGCUGAGUUCUAACAACAUGGCUAUCAUCCGCUUCGUCUCCGACCUGACGAAACACUAUGCCGGAUUCCGCUUGAAGUGGAGAGCAGACUUUGAGUGUGGGUUUGAGAAUGUCCCAGACAGUUACUACGCGGACACCGACAUCAAAUCUACAAGUCUGUUCAGGUCAACAGUUGAAGCCUGCAAACUGGAGUGUCUGAACAGCGUGGCAUGUGCAGGUUUCUCCUUCAACCACAACACCAAGCAGUGUAGGGUUCUGUCGGAGAUGCCACGCCCGGUCACAGACUCGUGCUGUGAGCUCUACUUCAAGACGUGUCCGGACCAAACCAGCUACGCCAUUGUGUCGUCGAUGCCGAACCUUGGAGGAAAGCUGUCCGCCUCAUCGUCUGGCACCAGACUCCCGUCUCCGCUCUACCCGUUCUACUACCUGGGUGGUCUGGACAUCGCCUGGACAAUCACCUCGCCUGGCCGUAGAAUUGUGACCCUGGAGAUGUUAGACCUGGACCUGGCGUCUGCCGACUACGUGUCUGUUUACGACGGCGACGGGCCGGCGUCACCUCUCAUCACAAUGUUGUUUGACGAGAGCAGCGACGCCCACAUCAUGUCCACCGGCACCGUCAUGUACAUCUACUACCACAGCAGCUACUACAGCCACAACAAACGAGGCUUUCUCUUCCGGUACCGUGCUGGUAAGUACAGCCACUACAAACGAGGCUUUCUCUUCCUGUAUCACGCUGGUAAGUACAGCCACUACAAACCAGGCUUUCUCUUCCGGUACCGUGCUGUACAGCAACUACAAACCAGGCUUUCUCUUCCGGUAUCACGCUGGUAA